AAACAGUGUUGUUGGGAUGCACUCUUUUCCUUGGGCUCGAUGGAAAUCCAUAUCUUUGGCCCAAAAAUUACUAGCCCACCAUAUCGGGUACCAUACCAAAAAUGAGAAGGCCGAGGCCACAAAGGCCAUGUGAAACAGAGUCUCCUCCCCAGCCAUCCCUUUCCCUCCUGUAAAUCCUCUCUUCCACUGCACAACCCGCCAUUCUUGCUUACCUUCACUCACCCACAAACCCAAAAAAAUAACAAAGUUCCACCACCACCUCUCUCUCUCUCUCUCUCUCCCUAUUCUCUCACAAACCAUGGCAUUUCAUUCCCUCCUCCUAUUCUCUCUUAUAUUCUCCUUCCUAACCCAAACACACUCCCGCCUCACCCCAAACUACUACGACAAAACAUGUCCCGACUUCGAAAAAAUCGUCCGUCAAGUCGUCACCGACAAGCAGCUCGCCUACCCCACCACCGCCGCCGCCACCCUCCGCCUCUUUUUCCACGACUGCAUGGUCGAGGGCUGCGACGCCUCCAUUCUCAUUGCCUCCAACGCCUUCAACAAAGCCGAGCGCGACUCCGACAUCAACCUCUCCCUCGCCGGCGACGGCUUCGACGUCAUCACCCGUAUCAAGACCAACCUCGAGCUCACGUGCCCUGGCAUCGUUUCCUGCGCCGACAUCCUCGUCGCCGCCACCCGCAACCUCAUCAACAUGGUCGGCGGGCCCUACUACCCCGUCCGCUUCGGCCGCAAAGACGGCUUCGUCUCAAGAGCCGAAGCCGUCGAAGGUAACCUCGCCAGGGCCAACAUGUCCUUGUCCCAGAUCAUCAACCUCUUCGCCGGUCGGAGACUCAACGUCCAGGAAAUGGUCGCCCUCGCUGGGUCCCACACCAUCGGAUUCUCCCACUGCAAGGAGUUCAGUAAUAGGCUCUUCAAGUUCAGCCCUACCUCCAAGUACGACCCGUCGUACAACCCCCACUUCGCCGAGGGGCUCAGGAAGCUCUGCGCCAACUACACCCAGGACCCGCAGAUGUCGGCCUUCAACGACGUCAUGACACCUGGCAAGUUCGACAACAUGUACUUUAGAAACUUGCAGAGGGGGCUAGGGUUGUUGCCUUCCGACCAGGCCAUGGCGGUGGACAGGAGGACGAGGCCGCUCGUCGACCUCUACGCGGCGAACCAGACCAGGUGGUUCGACGAUUUUUCUCGCGCUAUGGAGAAGGUUAGCCUUUAUAAUGUUAAGACGGGAAGGAAGGGUGAGGUCCGGCGGAGAUGUGAUGCCUUCAACAAUCUCAAAACAUAGGGAAGAACGAGAAAAUGCAGAGACAUUACAGAGAUGGUGUUUAAGGUCAUGGACAUGUAAUUACUUUUAUUGUAAGGUU